AUGGUUUUGAAUACUAAUAGUUGCGGUGUUUGUGAGCUACAAUUUAAUGAUCUUGACGCUCAAUUAAAAUGUGACAGUUGUCCGAGACUUGUUCAUCACAAGUGCUCUGGGUUAUUAGCUUCUGAGAUUAAAUGUCUUACUUUGAAAAAUCGUAAAUUAAAAUAUUUUUGCGAUUCAUGCGAUAAAGGACUAAAUGAAUUACCGGAUUUGAAAAAUCUAAUCAGUUCUUUGUUGGUUGAGGUUGAAAAUCUUAAGAAUAAUUCGUGUUCAUCGAGAUCUGACGAAUUUAUAAUAAACGAAAUGAACGAACGAAAUUUUCGGGCUGCGAAUGUAUUAUUUUAUAAUAUUCCGGAAUGUACGUCUAGUAAUAUUGAAGAAAGAGUACUUUACGAUAAGGAAGAAAUAUCUAAAAUUAUCAAAGAUACAUCGUCCGAUAACAAAACACCGAUUAAAGUUAUUCGUCUCGGGAAGUCUUAUCAACCCAAUAAACAUCGUCCAAUUAAAGCAAUUUUCUCUUCAGCUGGUGAUGCUUUCGAUAUAUUGAAAAAUAAGAAACAUAUUUUAUCUCGCCUCCCUCCUAAUUCUUCAAAUAUUGGUAUAAGUUCAGAUAGAACUCUAUUUCAACGUGAACAAAUGAAGAAAUUACGGGAUCAAUUAGCCGCACGCCAAUCCAGUGGUGAACAAAAUCUCACAAUCAAAUUUACUAAAGGUACACCGGGUAUUGUUGUUAUUGAUAAAAUUGUAAAAAAUUCUCAAAAUUUUUAA